AUGUUUCAGCUCUCUGAGGUCCUCGAUCCGUCAAAACCGAGCGAGCCAUCGGAACUGGAAAACUGCCUGAUGCAAAUAGCAGGCUUUCGGAUCACGCUGAAUCCGCUUGUCCUUUCACAGAGCAAUCUGUGCUUCGCUCUCUACCGACGACUACGUCUUGCGACUACCAACGUCAAAAACAAGCUCCUGGAACAGGUCAUUGCCGUGGGUUGCAAAGGCCUUGAAGCUUCAAUCAGAGCAACACGAAACAACGCGCCCUGGUGGCACGUAUCGAAUGUCCCUUUCCAAUUUGCCUGCAUCCUUCUGGCAAUGGAUACGCAGGAGUCACUCUUACAUGUUCGUGAAGCGAUAUCGACCUUGAGGACUGUGGUGAACCAUUUCAAGACUUCAAUUGCCCAGAAAGCCCUAACAACGAUUGAACAAUUGGUUCGGAUUGCACAAAAUCGAAAGAAACAGGAUAUUGCAGUGCUCCAAGACUGCCUAGGUGGCGGCUUUACUCAGGAACAAGAAUGGCAGUCAAGCAACAACAAUGGCAUCACACGAGCCGAGGACGAUCUUCCUGAUUAG